AUGAAUUGGAAAUUGCUCUUCGUUUUCUGUCUGACGCUGGCUCUUUUGGUGGAAGUAGAUGCAGCAUCAAGAGAUCGAAAAAAGAAAAAGAACAGAAAUCAAGAUGAUGAUGACGAGGAAACAACUGGAGGCUCAAUGAUUGGCGAUGGUGAACAAGGAAAAAAGGAUGAUAAUAAGGAUGGAGCUCGUGAACGAGAACGCGAAGGAAAAGAGAAAGAAAAGAAGAAAGAAUCAGAAAGCAGUUCGGAGGAAGAUGAGGAGAAGAAGAACGGGACUGAGGUUGAGAUUCCGAAGGUAAACGGUGGAGAGAAGCUAGAAUUGACGAAAAAGCCCGUUAUGGAGACUUCAUCAAGAUUUAAGAGGGAGCACCACGUUGAGCCAAGAAAGGGCCUCCUCCUGCCAAAGUACAACAAGAAUUUUGAGGCAAGCGAUCUUCUUCAAGGUUUGCCAACAGCUGAAACCAUUCUUCAACAAGGACCAACAAUCAACAUUGAAGAUUUGAUUCGAAAAAAACGCGAUCACCACGAAGGACACGAUGAGAUGCCCAAGUCUCAAACCCAUGCGAGACAAGGUUUGGCCGCUGCAGGAGAGCAAAGACAAGAAGUUGACUUGCCGAAAUCGCAAACUCACGCUCGCCAAGGACACGCCGCUAAUCCGGAAAAUCAAAAGAAAGAGGUGAAUAAACGCGAGGCCAACGAAUCUGUGCCUGAAGAGACGUAUGGUGAUCCAAUCUCCACCACUCCCGAGAAUCAAGUGGCUGAAGAGAAGAGAGAGAAGCGCGACUCUGACGAUGAGGAGAUUGGGCCAAAAGUCGCCUCAACACCAAUGUCAUUGAACAAUCCAGCAAAUCCCGAGGGUGCAGCCGUUUUCACAGAGAUUAUCAACUCUCCACAGAUGAGAAAGAGACGUCAAAUCAUUACCGAAAACGGGCAAUUGUAUGAUGCGCAUCCGAAUGAGGAGCACGCAGUUCUCGAAGAACUUAUCUUUCCAACGCAAAGAGCUCAGAAAAUGAAACGCGAAACCGAGUUGAAAAGGGAUACUGAGGUCAACGGCGGUGAACAAUUGAAGCUGAGCCAAUCGGUGAGUGAUUUCUCUUUUCGUAAAGUUUAUUUAAUCUACAAAAAAGAGACUAACUGGUUGGGAAAUGGGAUUUUAAUUGGCUCAGCUUCAACUGUUCACCGCUGU